AUGAACGAACUGGAAACAAAAUUAACACUGUGGGCGAUAGUUUCCAUCAUACUAUUCGAAGUUUUGAUUAUCAUCUGUCUAUGUCGAUGGUAUGUUACUCGUGCUAGACCAAAGAAGUUCUAUGUUAAAAGAGAAGAAUAUGAAUAUAUACCAGAUAUUAAUAGUAAUUCACAGGCAAAAUUUCAAUCAACGAUUCUUCGUCCACCACACGCUGAUGAGUUAGCACUUGUUGGUACUAUUCGUGCGCCAUAUCCUAUCGUAACAUAUAAUAGGGGUAUUCAAAAUCACGCUUUUUAUUCUAAUGAUGAAGAUAAAAGAAUGCCACCAGUAUUAUCCUCAUCGCUUUCGUCCUCGUCGUCCUCAGCAUCAUCUCAACAUUGGCUUGAUUUGCAAUCACCAAUAAUAAAAACAGCACAAUUGCCCCCUGCUGAUUAUGAAAUUCAUUCCUAUCCGACUGAUAAUUAUGCUUAUAGACACUCUGUCUUUCCUCGCCCAGCGUUAAUCGAUUUUCGUCAAUAUCGUGAAGAUUAUGACGACGACGAUGAUGAUGAUGAUGAUGAGAAUGAUCAAUUAGAAAAUUAUCGAUUUCAAUCAUUUCGUCGUCCUCAAGUGAUUGUUCCACAAGUCCAACGAAUAGAUACAUCAACUGAAUUUUAUGGAAUGAACUAUAAAAAUGUGGUUCCAAAAUCUAUUCUUAAAAGUAGUACAAGUGUAACACCGCCGAUUGAUUUUCUUUCAACUCCAUAUUUACAAACAAAACCUACUCGAACAUUAUCAAAUCAUGAACAAUCUCCGGAAGUUUCAAUUAAAUUUACUACACAUCGAUCUAUACCUAUUACUUAUUCAGCAAGUAUAACUGAGAAAAGACCUCCCAUAGAACCCAAUCUACCGUUAGCAUCAAACAUUCAAAUGAAGUUUGCAAAUGUUAAUGAAUUAAAUGAUAUUAAAUGGGAAGUUCCAAGAGAAUUUCAAACAGUUCUUCAAGAUACUGAAACAUUUGAUUCCACUAGCAAACGAAUUGUAACUGCCACUAGUGAUUCUCGAAGGUUUAUUACACAAAAAAAUGAGAUGAAUCUUUUUCGUGCUCAUUACUUAUCGAAAGGUGAUAUCACACAGCAAAAAGCAUUGGAAUAUUAA